CAUGGGGGCGGUGCGCGGUGCGGGCGGAAGUGGGGUCGGUGGCGGCUGCGGCAGGACAGAUAAAGCAGCUAUGCCUGUUCGAGUGCUGAAGAUCAUUGAAGGAAAAUUUGAGACUCCACUGCCAAGCCAUUUGCAGAAGGAGGGUUUGAAACAUUUGCAAGAAGGUUUUGAUCCUACCAACAAAUACAUUCAGGGAUUAGUUAUUCUUUCUUAUCCAUUAACAAAACUUGGAGAUGGGACAGACUUCUUCAAGGUUGUUCUUCAAGAUCUGGAUGACUUUUGUUCACGGAUCAACAGCAUCAAUAUCUUAAUAUAUGGAAAAAUGGCAGAGGAUUGUGCGAAAGUUAUGCGCAAUGGGGACACCUUAGUAGUUGCAGGAUUUAAGUUGGCAAAAUCACCUACAGCAAGAGAGGAUGGUAGACAUAAUUGCCAACUGGAGAUGUCAGAAGAAGCUGGAUCAGUCAUUUAUAUUUAUACUAAACCAAAAACAACUUCUGCUUCAGAAACUGCAUCUAUGUCUGUUGCACCAAAAUAUGUGUAUACUCCUCUGGAUCAUCUCAAAGAUGGAACUAUAGUGAAUUUGUAUGGCAUUGUGAAGUUCUUCAAGCCUCCAUAUGUAAGCAAAGGAACUGAUUAUUGCUCAGUUGUAACACUUGUGGACCCAUCAAAUGCCAAGUUAACAUGCACUCUUUUUAAUGGAAAUCUAAAUUCCCUACCAAAAAUUUACAAAGUUGGAGAUAUUGUUCGAUUUCAUAGAAUAAAGAUCAGGGAAUACAAUGGUCAGAUGCAGGGAGUUACCAGUGCAGGAUUUGCAUCCUUGACAUUUGAUGGAACUGUAGGAGCACCAGUAGUUCCUCGAACCUCUAGCAAAGUCUUCACUUUCAUGGAUGAAGAACAAAAAAUAAUAGAAGAAUUACGUGUUUGGGCAGCCAGUAAUCUUUCUAUCUGUGGACCAGCAGCAAAAUUGUCCGGUGUUCAACCAAUGCUGUUCUUUGAUCUCACCUGCCAGCUGAUAGGAAAAGCAAAAGUGGAUGGAUCUUCUUUUCUUCUAAAGGUAUGGGAUGGCACGAAAUGUCCCUACCCAACAUGGAAGGUGCCAGUGGAAGCAAGAGAACUGGAGGGUGAAAAACUUCUUCUUCAUCAGCUGCGAAAUCUAACAGUGGACAUUCUAGUCUAUGAUAACCAUGUACAACUGGCAAAAUCACUUAAGAUUGGAAGUUUUCUGAGAAUUUACAGUAUUCAUACAAAACAAGUAAGUUCUGACAAAGACGGCUCGCAUAUAGAAUUUCAUCUUCAUGGUGGCACCUGUUACGGUCGAGGAAUAGGAGUCUUACCAGAAAGUAACCCGGAUGUUAAGGAACUGAAAGACUUCUUAGAGUCUGUGGAACUGGCAGACAGUCAGAGUAUGGAAAGUAUGUCUUCAGUGGAAUUAGACAGCACUUUUAACAAUAUUACAGAUCUUGAAUUACACUUACAGAGAUGUCAAGAGUUAUCUGUUACAGUAUUAACAGAUCAUCAGGAUUUGAGUAACACAGAACUGAAAACCAUUCUGAACAGCACGGCUCCUCAACAGUUUCGCAUUAGAGCAAAGCUGAGAACUUACAAACCCCAGAAGCUACAUCAGUCUAUUAAACUUCAUUGCUCCAAAUGCAACUCUUUGACAGAAGUUCCAGAUGGAGAUGACUUUGACUGUAUUUUACAAGGCUCUGCCAUGACCAGCCCAAACCCAGAGCUACACAAUACCUCCUGGUAUGAUUCCGUAAUGUGGACUACACAAGACCAGAAACAAAGGAAAAUAGCCAUCCAUUUUGUGAAGCCUGAUGAAAUGCUUAAAGAGCCUGAAGAUACUUUGCUUAUGAUAGAAGGAGGAACACUAAAAGAACUCUGGAGGCUUACAAAAAGAUUUAAAUGUGUUAUUCCAGUGAGAUCCACAGAAGAUGACCUUGAAUUAUUAGAUCUCUCAGCUCCUUUUCUUUUACAAGGGAACACAAAAUAUUAUGGGUGCAAGCAGUGUUCAACUCCAAAGCCUAUCCAGCAUCUCAGUUCCAUUGCAGCAGAAGAGCAACCAUCGUGGGAACCAACUGAAAUAGCACAAGUUUUAGGUAUUGAGCUUCUCCAGUAUGUUUUUAUUAUGAAGUUUACACUGGUUGAUGGAACAGGAGCACUGAAUGCAUACCUCUUUGAUUAUGAAAAGUUUUUCCAAAUUCCUGCCUCUGAAAUCUUAACUAAUAGUUUUCUUCAACAAAAGAUGCAGAUGACCAUGAAUACGCUCUGUCCUCCAGGAAGAAAAUUAGAUGACUUGCCAUGGCUGGAAUGCUUCAUCAAGUCUUAUCAUGUCAGAGAUGAAAUGAAACAUCGAGUUUGUUACCAAAUUUUUGACACUACAGUUGCUGAAGAUGUUGUAUAGUGAUGUGUUGCUAACAGGAAGUGAUUCAGUAAGAAUCCAAUUUUGGGUUUUUUGCAUUAGAGACUGCAUAAACAAAUCUUUGUUUCUUUCUUAGGAAGCCAACCUGUACAUAUGAAAUUCUAGUUUGUAUAUUGAUGUGAAUGGGAAUUAUGCUCUGAUGUAAUUACCACUUUCCUAGCGUACAGCCUUAUGAUCUGACUCCAAGUGCAGGUGCUAAACCAUUCACUGAAGGCUGCCUGGCUCCGGCUGAUGGAAGCAAUCUAGUAUCUAUAUGUCCUUCAAAAAGGCAGUGAUAAGGUUACUAUAAGCUGGUGAGUUUUAUUUAGAAGUAUAGUCAGAAUUAUGUUGCUUUCUUCGUUUCAGUAUUAAAAUAAAUGAUGUCAGCAGAGACAGGGAAAAGGAGCUGUCUUGUCCCAUUCACUGGGUUUCAAAGAAGGUGAAUCUUUUUAUGCCCCAAAAUUGCCACUUUACAAUAAACUACAGGUUUAGUUACUACACUCUUAAUACAGAUCACACCCAUUCACCUGGCUCCCAGGAGAGCAGCAGUUGCUCCUGAAUAACUUCAGUCAUCAUUAACAACAAUCCAAAUAUAUGAAACUUUACCCAACAAUUAGUUCCCAUUGCAGCAACAACUGCUUUGAGUCUCUGGCCACCAUCUUCAUCUUGCUUCUGAAGCGGCACCGAUGUUUUCGCAAUGUGGACACACCAGUCAUCUAUUAAAAAGUUCCAGAGCAUUACUGUUCCAAUGAACACUGUAUUCAACAGUAAAGUGCCCUUUCAGUGCCACCCUGUGACACCAUCAGCAGGUAGUGGAUGCCCUUUCCAGUCCCCACCUUGUGACUCCAUCACCAGGUAGUGGGUGCCCUUCCAGUCCUGAUCGUCGCUACCAUUGGCAGGAGUACCAAGGCUUCUACUUUAACUGUAAGGAGGCACAGAACUGGCCUUGGCUUAGAAGCUGGGCUUCAAGGUUGGAAAUCAGGGACUAUCCACUGAGCACUGAGAAGGUGGGUUUUUCCAUUCCUGUCCAGGGCUUCCCAGUCAUAAAAACCUCUGGGUUUUACUGUUGUCAUAGACACAAUCCCAGUGGAGGGCAGCUUCACCAUUACAGGUUGGCCCACCAGUGGCCUUGAUAAAGACUGAUUAUUUUUAUCAUCUGGUACAGGGUCAGUGCCUGCUGCUGAUUCCUCAGGAAAGAAUGCUAGAAUUUUGGGGUUUCCAUAACUUCCCCAGCAGUUGUUAAUCGUAAAGGCUGUGGUAACCAUGUGUCCCAGUCAUAGUGGGACAUCAGCAUGUUUCUUAAUCAGGUGCAGUGGGCCUAGCCUCUGCUAAGUCUUGAGUUUGUCCUUUAGGAUAUUAAGCACUUCUGUGUGUUGCAGACUCCAAGCCCAUGCCCUACCAGUGCCAGUCAGUCUGACCCAACAAAAGUGGGCCUAUCAGGGAUUCUUUUGCUAGGUCCAGAGAGCUUAACAGAUAAAAUAACAACACCCAGCACUGGUGGCAGGGGAAGCACAAGUGCUCUGCCACACCUGGUGUUGACCAGUUUUCCUUCACUAAAUCUUCUGCCUGCUCUGCCACGAUUGCUGGGGAGCACCAGUUAUCUUCAGCCCAGCAUUGCUUCUUUGGAGGGGGCAAGCUUUAUAGCUCUUCAGCAGCUCUAACAAAGGGGAGCAGUCACAGCCUGGCUGUACCCAGGAAGCCAUGGUCACUGCUGAAAAGCUGAGGCUCAGCCCAAUUAUUGCUCUCCAUUCUCAGCUCAGCCAAUAUCCCUACACUAUUUGUCACCGUACUUCUGGGAUGCCCUGAUCGCUAUACGAAAAUGUCUCAUCCCACUUGGUGGGUUCUGAGAAAAAUGGAUCUUUUUGUAUCACAAAAAAUGCAUGAGUCCCACAUUGGAGGCAGUGCAGUGAAAGGAGCCACAGCAAAUGGCUUAGAGGAACCACAUAAUAAAUGCUUAGAGCUCAGUACUUAGGCACUAUUGGUGGGUAGUCAUGAAGAUGUCAACUCACAGUAACAACUGCUUUAACUGGUGAAUGAAGCGAGCUAGAGAGAUGGCUAGGGUUUUGUAGCGCUCUGACUCAUAGCAGAAAAGGAGAGGAGGAAAGAAAGGAAAAAUGUAGAGACAGAUGAGAAGAUAGGACAAAUCACCAUCCUUUCAUUCCAGCAAGGUCUUUUCAGGGUGUCAUCCUGCUCUGCAAGCCUCUAGCCUUGGGUCCUGGUGCACAGGUGGGUCGACAAGGUUGUGAUGUACUUUCAGCCCUUUUAUAACAUUCUAUCCCGCAGGGACCGCCCUCAGGUUGUCAACAUGUGGCUGAGCUUUGUACCUGAGUAGUUCUUGUUCUGGGAGGUCCUGGGGUCUGCUGUCUGACAUUCCAGAGAGUUCUGGAAUGGGGUUAGGGGCAGCUUCUUCUAGGGGUCCAAGGUGAGCCCUGGUGUUUGGCACAUGCAUAGAGCAGCUGCUGGAAAUCUACCAAGGGAGGCAAGCUGGAGAGGGUUGGGGAGUGAAAGGGGGAAAGAGGUCCCUGUGCACAGCCGGAGGGGCUGGACUAGCAGACUUUUAAGUGUUCCUUCCAACCCCACACAUUCAGUGAUUCUGUGACUUUUCAGUAAGCUUUCAAUCAGACAACUUUGUGCAAUCAUAUAUUGCUGUUCUCAGUAAGCCAGUUUGACAGGGAGGUUGUCCACUUUCAGAGAUAUCUUUGAUUUUGCACUGAUACUUACAUAUAGACAGAACUCUUCCUGGAAAUCAUUCUAAAAUACCUGCUAUGUAUACCAGUUACUUUAGAUUUUGACGGAAUUAUGAAUAUGACCAUGUAAUGAUUAUCACUAAAAUUAAAGUCAAACCAUGAAAAUAAGGUAGUGUAAAAUUAAUGUUGCCGUUCGUUAGAACAUAAUUAAUUUUAAGGUGACCCUAUUGAGUACCAGAGUUGUUAUCAUGCUUAUUAGCUGGGUCUGUUUUUUCAAAGGCUUUCACAUAUCUAGCUAAAUUUACUGUCAGAUUAUACUGCCCAGAUCUGCCUUGUGUCUCUUACAUAAUCAGAUUGUAUGACUAACUUUAGAGAUAAAGAACUGAUCUAGUGAUAUCAUGGCUUGAUAGUACUGCUGGAUAAGAAAAAUUACGUUGUGGUUUUACUUUGCAUUCAGAAGUCCAGAGGACAAAUUCAGGACAUGUUUUUCCAAUGAUAAUUAAUAUAGUCAGAGCAAAAUUACUUUGUAUUUGCAACAGCUGUUUUUUAAGGAAGUUCAGAAGCAAGAUGGAAUACUUGUAAGCAGGUUAUUUAAAUAGUAGAUGACAUUUUUAAUUUUUCAGGGCUCUUUAGUAGAUUAUGCAAUUUCUCAUUUAAAAUUUCAUCUAAAUAUCUUCUGAUAAUUUUCUGGUACUCUGAAAAAUUAUCCUGGGUUUAUAAGUCAUAAACCAGGAAAUUGUUUUUUAUUGAUUGAUGUAUAGGAAGAACCAAUAUUAAAAGUGGUUUGUGGAUAUUUCCUUUUAAAAGUAGGGAAAAAAAACAACUUCGUAAUUGAACAAGCAGUUUACCAAAGAGCAGGACUGGCUUAUGAAAGCUUGCCUGAAUCUAUUAAUAAACACAUAAGUGCAAAAUAGUUAUAACAAGUAAUUAGAUUGAUAUUAUAAAAUUUUAGACACUGGUCAUAUCCCAAUUAUUUCAGAAGUGAAGGGUUAAAAUGAAGACAGUCUUUUUUACUUUUCUUGUAUAUAGUGUAUGAAAAGAGUAGAAGGAAAUGCUUUUAUUUUUAGGUUUUUAUUUGCAACUCUGGUAGAUCAUGAUAUUGUACAUUUUUUUUCUGAGUCUUUGUAAAGUAAUAAGAAUGUUUUGAACUUUGGUGUAAACAAAAUCCAUUUCUCCACAUCCCUUGUCUAAGAUCCCUGCCAGAAAACUCUACAUGUACAUGACUUUAUUUUUUUACUGUUGAACAUUGUAUUUAAAUAUUUAAUAAAGAUUUUUUCCAAAUAA